CCCACCGAAACCUAGUUUCCCAUUCCACCAUAAAGAAAACCCUAAUUUAGUCGCUACGCGCUGCGGACAUGAUCAACAGCGGUCUUCAAUCGAACAAACAACAUCCACCCAAACCUCUCACGGAAAGCCCUAAUCUCAAAUCACCUAGACGUAUGGCAGCAAAAGAGUGCGAGUACCUGAGAUCUGGAAUCGCCGCAGUCAUCCGCGGCGUCGUGGCCACUGCCUCGCGCCUGAGGGGAAGUGACUCCAGCUGCGGCGUCAUCAGCUGCCGCGUAGUGGCCGUCGCCGCCGUUGCUGUUGAUAUUGUUGUUAAAAUCGUCGGCUUCGUACCUGGCUCCUUCGUAGUCCGUCAUGAUUUUGAAGAUGAGAAAUCUAUGGCAGCCUGAUCACUAAAUGCUACAAUCUCUGGCUCCUGCACUUCGUCGCCGCCUCCGCGUACCGGCGAUGGCCUUGAGGGAAAGACGAUCGCGCUUCUAAGUUGAGAAGAGUUAUUGUGGUGGUGCCGCAGCCGCUCCUCCGUCCAAACUCCAAUCCUUUCUGUUAUACGGCAGCGUGAGGAAAUGAGAUUAGACUAUAUGAGAUGGUCAAUUACUCGCGUGACCUAGGGGCUAGGGUCUUCGACACCCGACCCGUCUCUUAGCCCGAAUUUCCGGAGCUCCACCCUCCAAGAGAUGUAAAACUGUAAAAGUAAGUGUAAUUAGCAUGAAUUUUUUUUUUUUACAAAGGGAUCUUUAUUCCCCUUUGAAUAAUUGGUUACAGAGAGAAAAUAAAAACUUCACUUCAAAACAAGAUCAAGGAAACAAUGGAAUCCAGGAUGAUACCAAACCAUGCAAAGAAAAUACAACCAGUGAAAUAAAGAUUGUAAUAGUAAUUAGCAUGAAUGGUCACAAACUUUUGUAUACACAUUAGUAAUAAAUCUUUAAUUUGUAA